GGCCCCAACAGAGUCUCUCAGUUGAGUCACAGAACUAGACAUUUGUUUCAAGAGAGUCUUCUGGCUUCUCUCCACAGCUGAAACAGAGCGAAGCCAAUGCUGAUACGAAAGAGAAACUUCCUCUGCGAUUACGGAUCUUUGAGAAGUUCCCCAAUCGACCACAGAUGGUGAAAAUCUCCAAGCUGCCAUCAGACUUCACUGUGCCCAGAAUCAGGGAGAGCUUCAUGAAGCAGUUCAUUGACCGACAGCAGCAGGACCCCAGCUGUCUGUUCCGUCGCCUUCCCUCAGCGUCGUCCUCAUCCUGUGACCAUUCCAAGAGAUCUGCCAUUGAAGAUAAUAAAUACAUAGAUCAGAAGCUCCGAAAGUCAGUAUUUAGCAUCCGGGCUCGUAACCUCAUGGAAAAGGAAACCACUGUCAAUAAAAUUCUGCGAGCCUGCACUAGACAACGCAUGCUGAGUGGCUCUUUUGAGGGUCAGCCAACAAAAGAGAGAUCCAUACUCAGUGUCCAGCACCACAUCCGCCAAGAACGCCGGUCCCUCAGGCAUGGCUCUACCAGCCAGAGAAUCAGUAGAGGGAAAUCCCUGGAAACACUCACUCAGGAUCACUCCACCACGGUCCGCUACCGUAACGCCCAGCGGGAGGACAGUGAAAUCAAGAUGAUACAAGAGAAAAAGGAGCAGGCUGAGAUGAAACGAAAAGUCCAAGAGGAAGAACUCCGGGAAAACCAUCCAUACUUUGACAAGCCACUCUUCAUCGUUGGUAGAGAGCAUCGCUUCCGAAACUUUUGCCGAAUGAUUGUGCGAGCCCGUUUCAAUGUGUCAAAAACGGAUCCCAAUACAGGCGCAGUGAACAGCACAAAAUACCAUCAAUUAUAUGAUUUGCUGGGCUUGGUAACCUAUCUGGACUGGGUGAUGAUCGUGGUCACCAUCUGCUCAUGCAUUUCCAUGAUGUUUGAGUCCCCUUUUACUAGGGUCAUGCAUGUCCCUACCCUGCAGAUUGGAGAAUACGUGUUUGUCAUCUUCAUGAGCAUCGAGCUGAACCUGAAGAUCAUGGCAGAUGGUCUGUUCUUCACUCCCACUGCAGUCAUCCGAGACUUCGGUGGCGUCAUGGACAUCUUCAUCUACUUAGUCAGUCUGAUCUUUCUAUGCUGGCUACCAAACAAUGUGCCCCCUGAGUCUGGUGCCCAGCUCCUCAUGAUGCUACGCUGCCUGCGCCCACUGCGUAUAUUUAAACUCGUGCCCCAAAUGAGGAAGGUGGUUCGAGAGGUCAUCAAGGGUUUCAAAGAGAUCUUCUUGGUCUCUAUUCUUCUUCUGACACUAAUGCUGGUGUUUGCAACCUUCGGGGUGCAACUCUUUGCUGGAAAACUUGCCAAAUGUAAUGAUCCCCACAUCUCCGAUAAGGAGGACUGCCAUGGCAUCUUUAGAAUCAAUGUGAGCAUUUCAAAGAACCUGAAUUUAAAGCUCAGGCCGGGUGAGAAGAAACCAGGUUUCUGGGUGCCAAGAGUUUGGGCAAACCCGCGAAACUUUAAUUUUGAUAAUGUGGGCAAUGCCAUGCUGGCGCUGUUUGAAGUACUGUCACUGAAGGGCUGGGUGGAGGUGAGAGACGUCAUCAUACACAGAGUAGGACCAAUUCAUGGCAUCUACAUCCACGUCUUUGUGUUCUUGGGCUGUAUGAUUGGGCUCACUCUUUUUGUUGGUGUUGUCAUAGCCAACUUUAAUGAAAAUAAGGGCACUGCUCUUUUGACCGUGGAUCAGAGGAGAUGGGAAGAUUUGAAAAGUCGACUGAAGAUUGCUCAGCCCCUCCACCUCCCCCCACGUCCAGAAAACGGUGGAUUCCGUGCAAAAAUGUAUGACAUUACCCAGCAUCCUUUUUUCAAGCGAGGUAUUGCAGUGCUGGUGUUAGCGCAGUCUGUGCUCCUGUCUGUUAAGUGGGAUGAACUUCACCCUGUUACUUUUCCUUUGGCAACAAUGUCUGUGGUUUUCACAUUCAUUUUUGUUCUGGAGGUGACUAUGAAGCUGAUAGCUAUGUCACCAGCUGGAUACUGGCAGAGCAGGAGAAACAGAUAUGACCUACUCGUCACAUCCCUGGGAGUCAUAUGGAUCAUUUUGCACUUUGCUUUACAGAAUGCUUACACAUACAUGAUGGGCACAUGUGUGAUAGUAUUCAGGUUUUUCACCAUAUGUGGGAAGCAUGUGACGUUAAAGAUGCUUCUGCUAACUGUGGUCGUCAGCAUGUACAAGAGUUUCUUUAUUAUCGUGGGCAUGUUCUUGUUGUUGCUAUGCUACGCUUUCGCCGGUGUCGUCCUCUUCGGCACUGUCAAAUACGGCGAGAACAUUAACAGGCACGCAAACUUCUCCACUGCGGGUAAAGCCAUCACCGUACUGUUUCGAAUAGUCACAGGUGAAGACUGGAAUAAGAUCAUGCAUGACUGCAUGGUGCAGCCACCAUUCUGCACUCCGGACAAACAUCGCUACUGGGAAACGGACUGCGGCAACUAUGCUGGCGCCCUUAUUUACUUUUGCUCUUUCUAUGUCAUCAUCGCUUACAUCAUGCUCAACCUACUCGUAGCCAUCAUUGUGGAGAAUUUCUCUUUGUUCUACUCCACCGAGGAAGACCAGUUGCUAAGCUACAAUGACCUGCGUCACUUCCAGAUCAUUUGGAACAUGGUGGAUGACAAGCGGGAGGGAGUGAUACCGACCUCUCGGGUGAAGUUUCUGCUCCGUCUGCUGAGAGGUCGUCUGGAAGUUGACCUGGACAAAGAUAAGCUUCUCUUCAAACACAUGUGUUAUGAGAUGGAGCGUCUGCACAACGGAGGAGAUGUCACCUUCCAUGAUGUGCUGAGCAUGCUGUCGUACCGCUCAGUUGAUAUCCGGAAGAGUCUUCAGCUGGAGGAGCUGUUGGCGCGAGAGCAGCUUGAAUACACUAUAGAGGAGGAGGUGGCCAAACAAACCAUCCGCAUGUGGUUAAAGAAGUGCCUCAAGCGCAUACGAGCUAAGCAGCAGCAGUCAUGUAGCAUCAUUCUCAGUCUGAGAGAGAGCCAACAGCAGGACCUCCGGCGUCUGCUCAACCCUCCCAGCAUUGAGACCACCAUCCCCAGCGAGGACACCAACGCCCAUAACCAAGACAAUCCCACUCAGCCAGAGCAGAUCAGCGGCCUGCAGACCUUACUUAGCCCCACCCUGUCGGACCGCAGCGGAUAUCGACAGGACUCCGCCGACCGGCCCCAGAGGAAGCUGGGACAGUGGCGACUUCCUGCAGGGCGCACGAGUGUGAAGUCCAUGCUGUUUAAGAUGAACCCUGUGAGUGAUGAGGCCUCCUCGGGGUCUGAAGUCAAGAAGUGGUGGACUCGCCAGCUGACAGUGGAAAGUGAUGAAAGCGGCGAUGACCUCAUUGAUAUCUGAAGCAAAACAGCCUGCUCAUUUUUUUUUCAGAUUUUCCUCUUAAGAAAGGAUCACUCAGCUAAAUCUUUUGUAUUUGCUUCUUAUACGGCAUAAGCCCUGAUCCUCUGUUAGCUUUACGUAGGUGAGUCUAUGCUGCUUAAAGCAUCACUUAACCCUAACCGUUCAAACCUCCUUAUUCAAAGACAUUUAACGUCGGUUACAAUCAUGUUGAUGCUCACUCUACUGUGGUGGAAAAUUUCCAGUGAGCAUUGUUUUGUCAAUGAGAAAUAUCUUUGUUGAAAGAGCAGCUGUAAAGUGUCCUCAGGAAGUUUAUGUAAUGUAAUAUAAGAGUCUAAUAAUCUGAAUUCUAGACGUAAUGGUUAGGGAAUUCACAUGCUUUGAGACACCUAACCAGAGCCAUAGCGUUCUCCUUGUUUGUCUUUUGUGCCACCAUAACUUGUCUUCAUUACAUGUGUUUGUAAGAUCCCCAAUUAUCUUGUAUUAUAAAACUGCUGGCUCACACUUUAUAAAAUGCAACCACUUGCAAUGCUUACAUUAUGGCAAGACAGUGAAUGUUAUGUGUUAUGUGUCUACGUGAUGUUUCCAGAUGUUUAAUUAUUAUUACAAAGCUACAU